ACGGGACAGCAGAAGAUGACGACGCAGGUCACAGUGGCAAGGAAUGCACAGACAGGGACAAUAAACCAUGAGGACUACAGUCUGUACAGUAGUAUGAGUGAACAGGAACUCAUUGAGAUGGCCAUAGAGCAGAGCCUAACAGAAGGAUCAGCAGAGCAAACGCCAGCCAAGACAGCUGUCAGGGAGCAGGCACAGGCUGCGCUCAGUGAACCUUACUACAGCCAGAAUUUUUACCUUUACCCUUGGCAAAGGCAAGCUGCACAGUCCGGAGGCCAGACUCAGACAUCCAGCUCAGGGUCACCUAGUGCAGUAUGGCGGAGAUACGAUGGAACCCUCUUCAGAAGACCUCAGCCAGAAGUUCUGGAUCCUGUUAUAUCGGCGAUUAGGGAAGGAGAUGAAGAGACCCUGCUUGCCAUGAUAAAGUCAGGAAAAAACCUUGCGCAGCCUAACAAAGACGGAUGGCUGCCUCUCCAUGAAGCUGCUUAUUAUGGAAAAGAUGGCUGCUUGAAACUGCUCCAGAAAUCAUACCCUGGGACAAUUGAUCAGCGUACACUCCAGGAGGAAACACCACUCUACUUAGCAACAAACAAAGGACACCUUGAGUGUGUGCAUUCUUUGCUGCAGGCUGGAGCAGAACCUGAUAUUGCAAACAAGUCUAGAGAGACCCCACUCUAUAAAGCCUGUGAACGCAAAAAUGUUGAUGCUGUACGGAUGCUGCUGCAGUACAAUGCUGAUGCAAACCACCGAUGCAACCGAGGAUGGACUGCUCUUCAUGAAGCAGUUGGCCGGAAUGACUUGGAAAUAAUAGAUCUUUUGGUCAAAGGAGGUGCCAAGAUUGAAUCUGCAAAUUGCUACGGGAUAACUUCUUUAUUUGUAGCAGCUGAGAGUGGCCACUUGGAAGCCUUGAGAUACCUGGCCAAAUGUGGUGCUGAAAUCAACACCCAAGCCAGUGAUAAGGCCUCUGCUCUCUAUGAAGCUUGUAAAAAUGGGCAUGAGAAUAUUGUGAAGUUCCUUUUAUCCCAAGGUGCAGAUGCUAACAAAACCAACAAAGAUGGACUGUUACCCAUUCACGUGGCCUCCAAAAAAGGCUACUUGGAGAUUGUCAAAAUGCUGCUCCCGGUAACCAGCCGCACUCGGAUCAAGCGCAGCGGCACCAGCCCUUUGCAUUUCGCAGCUGAGCAUAACCGCGACGAUGUCUUGGAAGAGCUGAUUGAUGCCGGCUUUGAUGUGAACGCCAUCCUCUCUGAUGAGCGUGCCCGCCUCUAUGAGGAUCGGCGCACCACUGUCCUCUACUUCGCUGUUGCUAACAACAAUGUCUAUGCUACUGAGCUGCUGCUUGAGGCUGGGGCAAAUCCCAACGUCGACCUCAUCAACCCACUGCUCAUCUCCAUCCGCCAUGGCAGUAUAAAGAUAAUGAAGCUGCUUCUGGAUUAUGGAGCCAAUAUCAAUGCUUACAUUUCUUCCCAUCCUACUACUUUCCCUGCUACCGUCAUGUUUUCUAUGAAGUACUUGGUUCUGCUGAAAUUCCUGAUGGACAUGGGCUGUGACGCCAACUCCUGUUUUCAGUGUUAUUAUGGGUGUGGCCCCCAUCCUGCCAUAGAAGCUAGGAGGGACAGAUAUAAUGAUCCCCUGAUGGAGAAAGAUCCAGAUCCAGUACAGUUUUGUGAAAUGGUUUCUACUCCUGAAAUGUGUCGUUGGGCAGGGCCAAUCAUUGAUGUUUUGUUGGAUUACGUGGGGAAUGUACAACUUUGUUCCCGGCUGAAGGAGCAUAUUGACAGCUAUGAAGGCUGGGCUAAUAUUAAAAAGAAAGCAGAGCUUCCAAGGCCACUUGCGCACCUUUGCCGGAUCAAAGUUCGAACUGUGAUUGGAAAGGACCGUAUACCACUUAUUGACAGUUUGCCUCUGCCAGGAAGACUGAUUCGCUUUUUACAACAUGACUUUACUCACUGAUCCGAGAUGAAUUUGGCAAUCAAAAAUAUCCUGGAGAGACAUCUAUGUUUAUGA